CAGCUCUCUUGUCCUGUUGUAUGGAGAGCGGAGCUGUGAGCCGGACGGACAGGAGUCACACACCGGGUCGGAUCCGCAUCACAGGGACUCACUGCACACUGUAGAUCACAAGGUGGAGCCUGAUCUCAAGGAGACCUGGAAACCUGCUGGUACUGGACUUUAUAAAAUACGGGGUGUUUUAAGUUGAAUAUUUAUUUAACCUGCAGUUUGUGUGUAGCUUGUGGGGCAAGUUUCCUCUGCACUUUGUGACGGGACAAAGGAUAACACCGAUCUGUGUGCUGUGUUCAAUGACGCAUAUUAUUAUAAGAUAGGGCUGGAUUGUCUGUUUAACUCAUGCAUUUUGGAUUUAAUAGACAGAUCUCUGCUGUGUGAGGCUGUUUUGUUGUUAUAUUAGCAUAGUAGGAGUAUAUGUUCACACAAUAGCAGCAGCAGCAGCUUGCUAGUAGCAGGGGAUAGUCAGCAGAGCAUUGAUCGCAGUGCUGAGCUCCCAGCUUUGACCAAUCCGGUUAAAUUUAGUUUACUCAGGAAAAUGAUGCGGAUGCCUAAAGGCGUCUCUCCAGCACCGGCUCGGCCAGUGGCGCUGCCUUGCCCUCAGCAGAAGAUGAAGGUUGUGUGCACCGGAGGAGUGAAGACCGAGUUCUUCAGCACCGGACUGUCCAGCCCGCCGAUGAGCUCGGUACCGGCCGGCUACUUCACCCAGAUCUGCAACACCGCCGCGGCCGAACAAAGAGCCAACAGCCUGUACUCAACCCCCCACGGACCAGAGGCUAAACCCAUCAGAUCAUCCUCCGGGCGACUGCCGGCUAAAAGGAAGCUGGAUCUUGAGGACCCUCUUUACAUGCCAGAGUUCCGAACACCAAAAGGCAAAAGCAGCAUCGCAGCCAGGAUACCAAGUCCAAGGACUCCAAAGUCUCCAGGUGAGCGGACGCGGUACGACACCUCCUUGGGCCUGCUGACCAAGAAAUUUGUGGGUCUGAUUGCGGAGUCUCCUGAUGGGGUUCUUGACCUGAACUGGGCCACUGAGGUUCUGGAGGUCCAGAAGAGACGCAUCUAUGACAUCACAAAUGUCCUGGAGGGAGUCCAGCUCAUCCGAAAGAAGUCCAAGAACAACAUCCAGUGGCUGGUUGGGGAUGUAUUUGAGGGUGGUGCAGCUGGAGGAGAGAAGGCCUGCACCCUGAGGAAAGAGCUCGGAGACCUGGAGAGAGUCGAGAGAUCUCUGGAUGAGCUGAUCCACUCCAGCACGGCACAGCUCAAACAGCUCACUGAAUAUGAAGAUAAUAAGAGGUUGGGCUAUGUGACCUAUCAGGACAUCCGCUCCAUCAGCACUCUACGAGACCAAACAGUCAUUGCCGUCAAGGCCCCUGCUGACACCAAACUGGAGGUGCCAGACACGGCAGGGCAGGGGUCGUUGCAGAUCUAUUUAAAGAGUAAGAACGGCCCCAUUGAAGUCUACCUGUGUCCAGAGGAGGGUCUUGAAGAUGCUAGCCCGGUUAAAAGCGCCAUCACGCCUAAAAAGGAGUUCCCUCAACCCCUCGGCCCUCCGUCUGCAACCACGAUGGCGCCACCAAGCUACAGCAUCAAAGAGGAGCCUGUUGAAUCCAACUUGUCUACAGCAGCUCCAGCCACCUCCUCAGCUGCAGCCUCCACCUCCACCUCCACCUCUACUCUGCUGGACGUCGAGGGUCUCCUGGGUUUGCCCCCCAGCCUGCUCCAGAUCACAGAGGACCAGCUUCCUUGCGCCUCGUUCCCCCCAGACCCCAACACCCCCUUUGUCAGUUUCUCUCCACCGUUGGACCACGACGAUUACCUGUGGAGCCUGGAGGACAGCGAGGGAGUGUCAGAUUUCUUCGACACGUACGACCUUGGAGAUUUGCUGAAGAGCUGAGGUGUAGGUGAAGGAAAGGGGGGGAGAGGGAAUUAGGGGAAAUAUUUAAUUGAAUGCCUUCUGGAGGUAGGAGAUAUUACACUAUGAAGCCAUCAGUCGUUGUUUUUACCAUGCCUGUUUUAUGUCAGUGAUUCCAAAGGAGGAGUGACCCCCCUUUGUUUAUUUUAUAUAAGGAAAAAUCAUUUGUACAUAUUGUUGUAAAAAAAAAAAAAAAAAGACCAGUAGGAAACAUUGUUAACAAAAAAAAAAAAAAAAAAAGCAGGGAUCAUUUUGGAUUUUCUGUCACAUUUUCAGAUUGCGCUACAAAUAUUUCAAAAAAUGUUUUAACUCAUACAAACACAUGAGUUAUUGUGCAUAUCAUCCCCAGCAACAAAAAUAAAAUAAAAAAAAAUCAGGCAGUGUUUACAGUGUGACAACUCAGGAAUUGUUUUCCCAAAGUCUUAAUGUUUUGUGCCACUCUUUGGCCCGUAGGGGGCAGCCUUGUAUUAUGUCAGCUUUAACUGCCGUGCAGCUUUACAUGAUUCAAUCACUGGAUGAAAUUAAGCUAAAGCCAUCGAGAGCCACUAAGAGUCUAUCUACUUUCAACACUGACCAAAUUAAACUGUGAACAAUACGUGUCCUCGUAGAUCCACAAGCAUCUACGGCUCAAACACAACAGUAUCGGGUGAAAUCUGAUUUCGAAGGCGCUCGUGUUGCUUCUGUCUGAUCAGGUUUGCUCUCUCCUGCCUUGAGCUUUAUAUUACGUCAGGCUUUGUACCUGUUUGGUGCUAUACUGUGUGCCAAAUGUGAAUAAUAGGUACUUUUCAAACACAUACACUCACUCUUGUUGGUUCGGCAGCUUUAUUUCACAUCCAGGUACUCCUCUAUUGAUAAGAGUUUGCUGAUUUUAAUAGAUUUUUUGAUUUAGUACUGUGAAACUAUUGUAUUUCUGAGGAAAUCACCCAAAAUAAAUGGAAUGCAGCAUCUGUGUCGCAGGUGCAGUGGAAGCGAGGGGUUAAUUGAUGUAAUUAAGGUUUAAUUAGAGUAACGAUUUGCGUUUCCUCUUGUUCAGAAAUGAAUGAAGUCUGUUGAUUUAUCAGCAACAGAAGCAAAAAGGAAUUCGUGUCCUUCAUGUUUAAAUUUAAAGGCUGUGAAUGCUUUCCCACAUGUGGCCGUGUAGCCCGUUUAAAUGUCAGAGACGAGGUCAGAGCAGCUGUGACUUUUAUCUCUUCAGAUUUUUUUUUUUUUUCUUUUCACUUCAAAGUGUUCUAGACAUUUGGAAAUUUGAAUUUAAUGCUGAUGUUUUUUUUUUUUUUUGGCUUUCCCUCUACACUGCGGAGAUAAGCUAAGUGUCCUGUCCUAACAAAACUUGAAAAGGCGUGUUUGUGUGUGUAUUUGACAGCUUGGGAAAAUGGGUGUCAUUGUGUGUUUGUGUGUGAGUUUUUACAAGGUAGAUUAGAGGAUUUGAAUUCAGAAUUUGUAGUUGUUGUUUUUUUUCAAUGAGCAUUAUUUUUCUGGUAUUUGUACAUAAUGAAUUUUGUAUUUAUGCCUAUUUUUAUGAAUUUUUUUUUAAAAGUUGAUACUUGCCUUUUUACACGAGGCACGACUGUUUUUCUAUGACAUGCGGCACUUAAUAUUUUUGUAAUAUUGUGUGGUCUGUUUGAAAUUAUAAAUAAAUUCUGAAGCCAUGGUUUACACUUGGAA